AGACUAGCCUGCCAUGGCAGACCAGAGACAGCGCUCACUCUCCACCUCUGGGGAAUCCCUGUACCACGUUCUGGGGCUGGACAAGAAUGCAACCUCGGAUGACAUUAAGAAGUCCUACCGGAAGCUGGCCUUGAAAUACCACCCUGACAAGAACCCAGAUAACCCAGAGGCCGCGGACAAGUUCAAGGAGAUCAACAACGCCCACGCCACCCUGACGGACUCCACGAAGAGGAACAUCUACGACAAGUACGGCUCGCUGGGGCUCUACGUGGCCGAGCAGUUUGGGGAGGAAAACGUGAACACCUACUUCGUGCUCUCCAGCCGCUGGGCCAAGGCCCUGUUCGUGUUCUGCGGGCUCCUCACCUGCUGCUACUGCUGCUGCUGCCUCUGCUGCUGCUUCAACUGCUGCUGCGGGAAGUGCAAGCCCAAGGCGCCCGAGGGCGAGGAGACCGAGUUCUACGUGUCCCCCGAGGACCUGGAAGCGCAGCUGCAGUCCGACGAGCGGGAGGCCGCAGACACGCCGAUCGUCGUCCAGCCGGCGUCCGCCACGGAGACCACCCAGCUCACAGCCGACUCCCACCCCAGCUAUCACACCGAUGGGUUCAACUAAAUUCAGGAGAAGCUGUGAUUCGAGGGUCAGUCAGCACCCAGCCACUCGACCUUAGAAUCAUGGACUGUAGUCCCAGAGGUGGGGCGGGAGCCGCCCUGGCCCCGGGAGGGCAGCGCCAGCCCGCCUCUGUGCCCGCCCACCCGCCGAUCCCUGACACACGAAGUGCGUAGCAUGCAGUGUUUAAAGCAGUUUAGCUACGGUCUUCUUCUGUUGUUUUCCUUUUUUAAUAGCAUGUGCAGGGUUACGU